AUGGCCGGCGCUGCCUCCCAAAUGGUCAUUUAUCCGCUGGAAAUUGCUCGAGUACGCCUGGCCCUGGCUCCGCACGGCACCUACAAUGGCUUGGCGCAUUGCCUUAAGAAGGUCGCAGCCGAGGAGGGUUGGCGUUCGCUAUUUUCGGGACUGCGCAUCAGUAUCAUUGGCAUCAUACCCUUUGCGGGCAUUGACUUGGCCUCCAACUCGUUACUCCGAGACGCGGCUGCGCAGUACCUGCACACGGACCGCAACAAACCCUCUGUGCUCACCCUCUUGGGUUGUGGCGUCGCCUCCUCCAGCAUUGCCAUGCUGGCCACCUUUCCCCUGGGACUGGUUCGCACGCGCCUGCAGGUGAGUGCAACAUUCAUGCCUCGGGCAUGCCAGGCGCAGACCGCUACGACGGAUUUCGCGACGCUUUUAACCAAAUUCGACAGCAAGAGGGCUGGCGCGGCCCCGGCUGCCAGCAUCUCCUAUACGGUAUACGGCCUUGCAAAACAAUAUAUCAGCUUGGCAUAUACCCGCGCGUUCGAUUCCUGA